CAAUACUUUUGCAGCCCUGGUCCAGCCGGUUAAUUUUUUGCACAAGCGCUGGACAAAAACUAAGAGAAAACGGCCCAAAGCGUGGUUUAAUUGACAGCCACAAUUGUAAAUAAACAGUUUAAUAUUCGACUAUUGUGGGAAAAUAAGUUUUCAUCGCGCAAUAUAUUGAUUUCUUAGUUUGUCGUCCAGUUCGAGCCGCAAUUUUCACUUAGCGGUGUGUGUAUAACAAAAUGGCGUCCUCGCAAGUCUCAAACAAAUCGGGCUCCGGAUGGCCGCGCCGCGGAAGUCAAGGACAAGCGGAUGCAGUAGCCAGCAAUAACAACGGCACCCAGAAGUACACCAACCAAGCGCUGACCAUUAAUCGCACCAUAAAUCUAUACCCCCUGACUAACUACACAUUCGGUACCAAAGAGCCACUCUUCGAAAAGGAUCCAUCUGUACCGUCACGAUUCCAGCGAAUGCGCGAGGAGUUCGAUCGCAUUGGAAUGCGACGAUCCGUCGAGGGAGUACUCCUUGUCCAUGAGCAUGGAUUGCCACAUGUCUUGCUCCUCCAGCUUGGCACCACAUUCUUUAAACUGCCCGGCGGCGAACUAAACGCUGGCGAGGAUGAGGUUGAGGGCCUGAAGCGACUGCUCUCCGAGACGCUGGGUCGUCAGGACGGCGUGAAGCAGGAGUGGAUUGUUGAGGACACCAUUGGAAACUGGUGGCGGCCGAACUUCGAGCCACCGCAAUACCCGUACAUUCCACCGCACAUCACCAAACCCAAGGAACACAAGCGUCUUUUCCUUGUCCAGCUGCAUGAAAAGGAUACGGACGGGAACGCCAGUUACGAUGUACCCUGAGCUGUUCCAUUAGCGCCGUGUGUGUCGUAUCUACCCAACUCUACUCUCAAGAGUGCAAUGCCAUAGAACAACAAUCGAGCAAACAGAUCAUAUCAAACAGAAAAGAAACAAACAGAUCGCAAAGCAAGCAGGCGCACGCGACGUCUUAGUUAGUUUUGAUUCUAGUCCAAUUGUAAAUUGUAUUCUUGCUCAGGACUGCGUGUUGGCAUAUUUUGCUGUUUCCGACUCUUGUCAUUCAAAACCCAAAUAUUGUUCUUGUACAUUAAUUUUGUAAAUAUGUCGACAUACUUGUUAGACUGAGCGCGACCAUGUUAUCGUUCUAUUUACAUAUUUAUUUAUCUCCUAGCUUCUACUCUUACUUUUGUCAAGUGUCAUGUGUUGUUCAUCUUAUCCAAUUGUGUAUUAUCGAAAUGAAUCCACCGGGCAGGCAGCAGAGAGCAUUGUAACGUUGCUGGCUAUCGCAUUAAUGCGCCCAAAUCUCGCGUGUCUUGCAGAUUUGCGUGCAUGCCGGUCAGCCAGGUCGCCAGUCGCUCCUUAAAUUAAGCACUCGUUUAUGUAAACACAAGCAAAAUACUUUUUAAACUUUCCGUUUCAUGCUAAUGGUAAUGCCUUCGAUGUGCGCUGAACUGAAUUGCAGUCCCACCGGCUGAGGCAAUUCAGGGCACAAAUCGAACCUCACAUAUCAUGUAUAAUGUUGUUCUUAAUGGAAAUUAUGUUCAUGUCUGAAAAUUAGGAAACGUCACUGAGCCAGCAAAGUGCGAGUUGCUUUGCGAGUCGGAGCGAAUCCUAGUUAUUAGUCUAACGAAUCUAACUAUGAAUGUAAAACGACUCUAUAUCAUAUGGCAGCAAAAGAAAUCCUAAUAUGUAAAUUGUACAACCGAUUGUAAUACCCCUAGAUAAUACAUAUAUUCUGUGAAUUUGAA